GAUCGUUUGGGAUUGAUAUAGAAGGGACAGCUGCUACCACAGCAACUUGCUAUCGCAACCCGGAUUAUUUACAGCGUGUUUUAAAAGCCUAUUGUGAGGGAAAGUUCUGCCGCCAUGUCUGUGCCUUUUCACGAUUACCAAGGGAAUAUGAUGGAGGGAGAAGCCAGGGAUCUCAGGAAGGACAAACUCCUGCAAGACGAUCGCUUUGACAGCGGCCUGGACUCCCUGAAAGAGGACGAAUACACGGCUAUCAUGAAGGACAUAAACGAGCUGAGAAUCGACGUGCCGUCCGACACGCCGUACUGUGAGCCCGAACCGUGGAAGAAAGAGGUCAAUGAAGAUGGAGACACGUUUCUUCAUUUGGCCAUUAUCCAUGAAGAGAAGGCUCUGGUCAAGGAGGCUAUCCGCCGUUCAUACAAGGACCAUUGCUACCUGAACAAACAGAAUAAUCUUCACCAGACAGCACUACAUCUGGCAGUAAUCACCGAGCAACACGAAAUCAGCCAGUUCCUUUUCGAGGCUGGUUGUGAUCCAGAAAUCCAAGACUUCCGAGGCAACACGGCCUUGCACAUUGCCUGCAAACAGGGCUCGCUGCGGGGAGUUGGUGUCAUCAUUCAACAUUGUGAGAAACAGCUGCCGGCACUGCUGAAGUCUGUAAACUACGACGGUCACACGUGUCUCCACCUGGCAUCGAUCCAGGGCUAUCUUGCUCUUGUGGAAAUUCUGAUUGCAAAGGGGGCUGACGUAAAUGCACAGGAGCCUUGCAAUGGCCGCACUGCACUGCAUAUGGCUGUUGACCUGCAGAACUAUGACCUGAUGUCACUUCUCCUUAACUUUGGAGCUGAUGUUAACAGAGUCACGUACCAAGGUUAUUCUCCGUGCCAGCUCACAUGGGGAAGAAAUAACAUGCUGAUCCAACAACAGCUGGUGGAGGUGACACAAAAGAAUUUGCAGUACCUUCCAGAGAGUGAAGAGGAAGACAGUUCUGACUCCGAUUAUGAAUACAAUGAUGAUGAGCUUAUGUAUGACGACUGCAUCAUUGGGGGAAUGCCGCUGCAUUAGACUGCUGUGUAUGUGAACUAAAAACAAAACAUAAGGACAGACUCUCAUUACUAAAAGACAGUAACGGGGCCAGUGACAAAAAUCCUCGGAAAAGCUGAGGCAUGAAGGUGCUUGUGCUGUUCCUUGGAGACCGAUGUUCUACGUGUUACUUAUGCAGUCACCUUGAGACCACAGCCUGGCAGUAAAGGGCUUAUUCUCUGAGCAGAUGAAGAGUGGAUGCCGCAGAAAGCACGCUAAUCUUUUAUAACCACCAUUAUGAGGCAGGGCGAACAAUACCAUGAUACUGACAAUGCCCUUCAGUGCCAACAUUUAAAUAAAUAUCUCAUAAAUACGCUGUGCUGAGGACCUGACUUAUUGUAGUCAGAGAGCAGACUAUUAUAAUAAACUACACAUUGUAUAUGGUGUAAAUAUUGUACAGAAAUUAUUUUUAUAUAUGAAAAGUUUAUAUUUUAUAUAAAAAGUGGAAAACAAGUAAAAAAAAAAA